CGUGACGUAUGUGCGCUGCCCUUUUGUCUUCAUACACUUGCGUCGGUUUUUCGCAGACGAACUUCCUCUUAAUACCAUUCUCUCUCUCUCUCUUUCUCUCUCUCUCUCUCUCACUCUGGGAAGAAUCACAGCUUAGUUCUCUUUCUCUUCUCUAUCUCACGCGCGCAACGGGCACAGCCGCGCCACCAGACAGAGACAGAGACAACGCAGGCCGCAGGCAGAGGAAGCCCCCGUCGACCAACAGCGCAGCGACGACGACGACGAGAGAAGCUCGCCGCCCGCUGAUUUACGAGGGAGAGAGGGACGUAGAGAUCAGCUAGCAAAUAGGCUUAAAUUAACGAAACACAGAACGGUGUAAGCAUGGCGGACCAGGACAAUGCUCAGGGCCAAGAGAACGUGGAGAUGAGCGGCGACGCCUCUGGUCAACAGCAGCAACAGCAACAGGAAGGAGGCCAGGAGAAGCAGCAGGCCACUGCUGGUAUUCCCGGCAAGGACGACGAGCGGAAACUGUUCGUCGGCGGUCUCACUCGCAACACCACUGAAGCUGAGCUCAAAGAGUACUUCGGCAGGUACGGCGAUAUCGAGAGCGUCUCCAUCAAAAUGGACCCCUAUACCGGCGUAUCCAGGGGAUUCGCCUUUAUGGUAUUUCAAAACCCCAAGUCCAUCGACAAGCUACUCGCUUCUGGAGACCAUUACAUCAACAAGCGCAAGGUUGAUCCUAAGCGUGUGAGUAAGAAAGCUCAACAUGGAAAGAUCUUUGUUGGUGGCCUGACACCAGAGAUUACGGAUGAGGACAUUAGGAACUACUUUAGCCAGCAUGGUACUAUUGUCGAAGUGCAGACUCCAUUCGAUAAGACGAAAAAUCAACGCAGAAGCUAUUGCUUCAUAACGUUUGACUCCAAAGACGUUGUUUACAAGUUACUUAAGUCCCCCAAACAAACGAUUAAUGGCAAGGAAGUUGAUGUCAAAAAAGUCAAAGUUAAUCAAGACCAACGCCAAGGCUUCUGGGGACCACCGUACGCUGGCUACGGUUAUGGUGGCGGGUAUGGUUAUAUACCUGAAUAUGGUAACGGAUACAGUGGAUACGAUGACAUGUAUGCCAAUUAUGACUAUUCGGGAUAUGAUGGCUAUGAAAACAUGGGUUAUGCGAUGCCUGGUGGUAAACCCAGGAAUGGACCUCAAGGACCUCGUCAAUUUCAAAGACACCAGCCAUAUUAAAUGAUAUACUUCAAG